AUGACUUCAGUUAAUUACAGGAACCCCAAAGAAGAAAUUGAGAAAUGUAAUGGUACUAAAGCCCAGGGUCAAAUACCUCUUCAGAUUUCAGCAUCUAGAAGGACACUAUUAAUCAAUGAAAACCCACAGAGGAAGUCCCAAGACAGCUUACUUUCCCUUCCCAAGAGGAUAAACUUUCUUAAAUUUGGUUGUGCAUCUGCCAAAGUUAGGCAGUUAGCACAGGAGAGAGACGACUUUUCACGUUCAGUGACAUCUUCAAGCAGCCAUGGUCUUCGAGAAUGCAUUAAUGGGGUUUUUGCACGGAGGAUUGAUUGGACUUUGCUCAAGAAAAUGGGCAAAGAAUGGAUCCAGAACCCAAUGAACAUGCCCCUUUUUGUGUGGAUCAUGUGUCUUGCUAUCUCAGGUGCAAUUUUGUUCCUAGUCAACUUGGACCAUGCACUACCUAAGAAGUCCCAGAGAGAUGUAUGGUUUGAAGUCAAUAAUCAAAUUCUCAAUGCGGUCUCUGCUCUCAUGUGUCUGUACCAACACCCAAAGCGGUUUUAUGACCUUGUACUUCUCUGUAGAUGGAAUCCAAAAGACAUUGCUAGACUCAGAAAGAUUUACAGCAAGAAUGGGACUUAUAAGCCGCAUAAGUGGCCGCAUAUGGGAUUUACUGCAAGAAUGGGACUUAUAAGCCGCAUGAGAUGUAGGAGAUCAGAGAGACCAGCCAUAGGAGUUGGGAUGUGCAUUUCUGUUGCAAUAGCUGCACCUGCAGUUGCUGGUGUAUACUCCAUUCUUAGUCCCCUUGGGAAGGAUUACGAGUCUGAAAUAGACGAGGAAGCACAGAUGCAGAUUUCCGCUGGUGAAAGGCCAGAGAAGUUGAGGCCAAAUUCAUUAGAGAAGAACAGAUUUCCGCUGGUGAAAGGCCAGAGAAGAACAAAGAAUUCUUGA